GUUAUUUUUUUAAAUUGAAAAUGUUAGUCAGUCUUAAUUAGGUUUUAAAAUAACUAACAAAUUAAUUCAUUAUACUUUUAAGGUGGAUAAUGAUUGCAAAACUGAAAUUUAUAAGUAAACAAAACGAAACAGCUGUUACAAAAUAAUUUGUAUUACGAACUUAAGGAAAUAUUUCUACUCUUCACUUAACUAAUUUCAACUAAAAUAAAUAUGGUGAUUCUGUAUUCAUCAAUCUGGAUUAGGCAUUAACUGACUGGUCUUUGGUGUCAAUAGAAAUAUUCAUAUUAUUUGCUUAGUUAGUACGUAAUGUGUCCAAAAAACAAACCUGUAACAUAUACAACAAGAAGCUAAUCAACAACAAAAGCAAAAAUGAGGAAUGUGGAAGCACAUUUAAUGGGAGAUAAAAUUGAGGAAGCAGUGACCCACUAUAUAAAUUCUCAUCAGCCAAAUGAGACGGUACAUGUGGACUCAAAUGCCUUGUCACUCAAUGUACAAGAUGAUUGCCGAGUGGUCACUGUCAUGAAUCCACAGAACUUUUCCGCACAAUUGAGCAGGCAAGUGUCGCUGGGUGAGCAGAUUGGUGAUGGACCAUGGGUUGAAGAACUAUUGGAUGGAAGACUGGCUGCUCUUAUGGCACACUUGGCUCAACCCACUAGAACCUCACAUCAUCAGGGACAUCAGAAGAUGACUACUGUAAGGAGUGAUGUGGAUGGUUCAGUCAUACUGGACACACCAAUGAGAAUGUUUAAUGGGCAAACUAACUUGGAAAAUGGAACAAUAUUGACAGAGGAGGACAGUGAAGUGUUGGUGAUGACCACAUCAGCUCUCAACAAACAGUCGAAUAAGAAGAGCCUGCCGCACAAGAAGCGCAUCUCCAAGAAGCUGAAGAGAACCGCUGGGAGUAGCACCCCGACCCAACAAGCUCACAAUCAGAAUGAUAUAAUUGUCAUACAUUGUAGUGAUGAGCAACAAGAAGAGAUCUUACCGGACAGCUUUGUUGACUCUUUACGAAGACACACAACUUCAGAACAAAUGACAGAACCUUCACAUGUCACUCAUGAGAUGCGACCAAUAUUGAUAUGCCAAGUGUGUGGUGAGUUCUAUGGCGAAGAACAACUUAAGUUCUACCAGCAUCUGAAGCAACACUACGAGCCACAGGCCUCCAUAAUCAUUGAAAAUCCCAUUGUACCCGACAUAGCUAUGGAUAAGAUGACAAAUUCGUGUAUAGUUGAUAAUGUACAAACAUUACCCGAUUCUAUCGUAGAGCUGUCUCUAGAGAACACAGUGCCAAAGGCAAUGUAUCCAUCCAUGGACAAUAUGCACAAACAUAUAUUAUAUUCGUCGAGUGAUAAAACCUUAUACAAUAGUAAUAAGGUUCAGUAUUCAAUGGCCUUGGAUAAGGAGGUCCCACCCGACAUGGAUGACACAUUGGAUAAGCUUGAGUUAUAUUGCUGUGUAAAGUGCAACAAGUCAUUUAGAAAACAGAAACAGUGUGAGAUGCAUAUCAAAGAAGUACAUUCUAAUCCCAAGCUGGAGGACAUGGCGGAGUUCAGCGAUCCCGAGGACCUGAUGGAGGGCAUCCAUGUAGCGGUGGAGGAGGAGCCUGCAGCCGACUACGAGGGAGUACAGCUGCCGCACAUCACCGUGGAGAACGGCCACGUGCACCAACAUCACGUGCGCCACUGGUACAGCCGCACUGGUGCGGAAAGUCCGAGCGGUGCUAUGUCGAUGUGUGCGUGCGGCGGUGGUGGCUACUGCGAUGUGUGUGCCCCGCCUUCACUGCAGCCCGACCACUCUCUACAACCCGCUCCCUCUCAUAUACAUCCGCACUCGCAGUCCCUCACCAUACAGACCUCACAUUCCAACACGCAACCUCACAACAUUGAACACACUCACACUCAACCCGAAAACGCGCAUCCGUCCCACUCACACGUCCAUGAACACAUCUCUUCAAGCACGACACAUAUACAACCGUCUCACUCUCACACGCAGUCUUCGCAGCUCCAUUCGUCUCAACCGCACUCACAACAACUGCAAGUGACGUCACCGCGCCAGUCCCCGCCUCCGUCCCCGCCCCGGAUGAAGGGCUGCCAAGUGAUGGUCACUAGAGAUGACGUACUACAAAGGAUAUUGGAGCUACAAAAUGACGAGCCCGAAAAGGCCAAAGAGAAGAAAUCCGAUGAGGCGAGAGAUCCAAGCCAAGCUAGCGAUACGAAACAAAAAGCUAAGAAAACAGAGAAGAAAUUUGAGUGUGCCGAAUGCGGGCUGGUCUUCCGGCACCGCAACAGUCUCAUGUACCACAUGCACAAACACCGCGAGAGACAGCAAGAGUGUGAGCACUGCGGGAAACGCUUCUACACCGUCACCGCGCUGAAGAUCCACGUUCGUGCCCACGAAGGGGUUAAGCCAUGUGUAUGCACGGUGUGCGGGCAACACUUCAGGCAGUCCUCCGAUCUCAAGUACCACAUCGCGUCCAAACACUCCACCACAAAAGAGUUCAAGUGUGAGUUCUGUGACAAAGAGUUCGCGCGGCGCUACUCGCUCAACCUGCACCGGCGGAUACACACGGGCGAGAAGAACUACCCGUGCGGGCUGUGCGAUAAGAGCUUCCGAGCCUCGUCCUACCGGCUGGUGCAUAUGCGGAUACAUACAGGCACAAAGCCAUUCAAGUGUCCGCACUGCGAUAAGUGUUUCCGCGUGGCGUACGACAUGCGGCGACACGUGCGCGUCGUACACGAGAAACACAAGCCGCCGCAGAUCAAGCAGGAAAAGGAACUCGAAGACAGAACUAAACAGAAGCCCGCCAAAAGGAGCAAGAAGCCUCCGAAUGUCACCGUGCAGAACACCAGCGGAGAAUUCAAGGAGUUCGACGGAGAAAUAUUCAAGUAUAAAUUCAAAGAGGUGUACCCCGAGCCGGAGAAACCGGACGCGAAGGACAAGCGGUUGAGGAGUGACUCCGAGCGGAUCGUGUUCCGGGACAACACGGACGGCAAGAUGCCGGUCUUCUCGCAGAUCGAGAAGCCGAGCUAUAGCGUGUCCAACCUGGUCACCAUCAGCGACAUCAAGAGUCUGGAGGUGAGUCGGGAGAGAGACGCCGACUGCGUGGAGAACGGCUUCUUUGAUAAGUUGGCCUUCUACAAUAUAUCUGCCGUUUGAGAUUACAGGUUAUUACAUAUCUAAAACGCGACAAAAUUAGAAUUAUCGUGUACACACAUUGACAGCUAGACUCACACUCUCAAAAGUAUCUGAAGCAAAACUCUGUCUACGCGUAUAUUAGACAGAGUUUUACGCAAUAGACUUUGAACAUUACUGCCUGGGAAUAAGGUGUUAAUUUGAAUGAAUGUGUUAAUAUCAUCUAUAAAUACGUUAUAUAUACCACGCCGCUCGGACAUUUUUUUAAGGCUUUUAAUAAGCGAUUGGGGAGUCUAGUUGUUUAAUGUACCUCAAUGUAUACACAGUACCACAUUAUAAGACAUUUUUUUAGUAAAAUAUUCGUACUAUAUUUGAAUAUCCGUAUUGUAAUCUUAGAAAUCAGUUGUUGUAUGUAUAUAUGUACGGAAAUGGAGCUUAGACGGAAGAGUCACACUAAAAUACCGUGAUGUAUCUUUGAUACGACAUUGGACUGUUAAAUGGUACACCCGUUGGGUUAAUAGCUUCAGAGGAAUUUACUUUCGAAAUACCAAUCCUGCAUCGAUCAUAACUUUUAGGACAACAAAAAAUAUUUUGAUUCCACUUUAAGUUCAAUGGCGACCAGUAUCCGUGAAUAUGAACGCUACUCUGUCUAAAAAAUUCCGGGGAAAGAUCAAUAAUAAACAAAAUGUUACUUAUUAAUUCGAAUUUAUUUUAUAAUCGCCUUCAAAAGAAUUGCUUCUACAGAAACCAUUAACUACGCCAACGAAUAACCUAAUCCCCAAAAAAAUUUUUUUUUAAAAGCUCCUUUAUUUUUUCUACCGAAUAAUGACAAAUUGAGUUUAGAAAAAAGAAUUUAGUCGACCGGAGCCAUAUCUGGUGAAUAAAGGGGUUUUUCGAUGGUAUUAAUUGAGUCUUCGGUCAAAAAUUCGUUCACAAUGAUAGCCUUGUGUAAACGCGAAAACAGUCAGUAAGUUUCAAUUUACAAAAUAAAAAAAAAAAUUGAACCUUUAACGAAUCAUCCAUCUCCGAUACUUUUUGACUGAAUGUAUGUACUAGGGAUGAUCGAUAUUCAUCGACGACGAAUAAAUAUAAUAUCGAUAUUAAGCUGGAAAACAUCGAUGUUUAGAUAUCGAUGUGUUGACUUGGAUAUCAUUGACAUUUCGAUGUUAUAAGAAUAAAAUUUCGAAACGUCAAUUAUUCUUUAGGGCGCCAUCUAGUGUAAUAUAUGUACUAGGUUCAACUAUCAUGUUUUUUAUGACUAUUUUUUGAUUGGGAUGAGAGCAAUAGAUCUCAGCGGGUUAUGUUGCCGUGCCAAUAUUGUGAUGCAAGCAGGACGCUGUUUUAAGUCAUUAUUUUUAAUGAAGAGGACGAUAAACAAGUAUACGGUUCAAGUGAUGUUAAGUGAUCACCGGCAGACCAUACUAUCUUGCUUCAACAGAGGAAUGGUCGAGGUUUUGCCGGUUCUUAACGUGGGUAUAUCUUUUUUAAAGGUAUCCAUGCUAUAAAGACCUUCAAUCAUCUCGCAAGGAAGUACAUACCAUGCUUUUUUUUAAUGAAAAUAAGGGACGAGACGAUCAGGACGAUCAUCUGAUGGUAAUUGAUACGCCCUGCCCAUUACAAUGCAGUUCCGCUCAGGAUUCUUGAAAAACUAAAAAAUUCUGAGCGGCACUACAAUUGCGCUCGUCACGAUAUUCUCAUUUGCCCAGUAAUUCACUAGCUACAGCGCCCUUCAGACCGAAACAGUAAUGUUUACACAUUACUGCCUCACCGCAGAAAUAAGCGCCGUUGUGGUACCCAUAAUUUAACCGGCAUCCUGUGCAAAGGAGCCUCCCACUGGUAAAUUUUAUUGUUACGUUUUAUUGCACGUGGCUAGAUACUGUUGUAUGUGCAUUACAAAGCCUUGAUAAAAACUAAUUCAAUAAUACACUUUAUUGUCUAAUAACGAAAACAAAAUGGGUGCAAUAAUGAUUGUCACUAUUAAAAACUAAACUAAAUAUAAUUCACAUAACAUUUAUUAAUUGUACAAUUUCAUUAAAUCCAGAAUAAAUAUUUGUUGAAGUUUCGGCCGCUAUGGUUUUUCUAAUAUUGUGACCCACUUUACGGGUGCGUGUGUACUUACUGUAUAGUAUAGGUAAGGCACACAAAUAAAAUAAUAUAAAAUAUUAUUGUUAUUACCAACAUUCUGUUUUAGUCUGUGAUAUGUAGAUAUCUAUAAACAUUAUUAUAUGUUCGGUAUAAAUUGACUGUAAUACUAGAACAAAAGAUGUUUAAGAUAUACCCCCUUAUUCAUAAUGGUCCGGUAACUUAAAACAGCCGCUAAGGAGUGUUUUUUCUCAUUCUGACUUAGGUCAAUAGAAGAAGACAGAGUGAUAAUUAGCAAUGCUUUAAGUUAGCAGACUAUUAUGAAUAAGGGGGUUAGUAUAUUGGAUAAGAUUAAUUAUUUAAUUGUAUAUUGGUCUGUGCAUAAUAAUUAUUAAUGUAAUUAAAAGUAUAUAUAACAAUUUAUAUUUUCCUAGUAAACUACUUAAAUAAACAUCUUUGUAUACUCAAUGAAUUUAUGAAGUAAACUAUUGUAAUCGUUUGUGUUAUUUUAAUUUGUACUAAAAGUAGUUUAGGCGCAUCACAAACUAAUUAAUGAACACAAAUUGGUUAAACCCAAUUCGAUGUUAUAUAUUACAAUUGCUAACGGCCGUUCCAUAUAUACUAUCUACAGAUAGAGAUAAAUAACUACCGUCUAAUGUCGGUCAAUUAGCUGUCAAUAAUCUGAAGCUGUCCCAAUAUACCCGAUAAGUCAUGCUUAUUGCCUUAUAUUGGGACGCCUGAAUUGCAAUUUCCAUACAUACUUCUAUCGCUGGUAAGCUAUACGUCGUCACAUUGACACACAGCGUGUACGGAUAAGGUGAGUUACCGCCGAUAAGUUUAUUUAAGAAAAGUCAACUAUAGUUACGAUUUUUAUCUCAAGUAAGAAAUAGACUGAAUAUUGGGAACAGCCUUUAAUCAUUUUUGUGGGUAUUUUUAAAUGUAAUACAUUAAUUAAUAUCAAACAUCAUGAAGUGAAAUAUUAUGUAUAAUAUGGUCUAUAUUUUGAAGUGUACCUAUUUCUUUUCAAUUACUUUAAAAUCAAACAAUAUCAAUUUUAUAUCUCACAAUCGUGACCGUUUAAUAUAGAUAUGUAGUGGAUAAAAUUUUAGAACUGUUAAUAAUUAUGUUAGAAUAACUCAUGUAUUUGUUCCUUUAAAAUACAUAUUUUAUUUGUAAUACUCUUGAUAAUUGAAGAGAUUGUUUUACGAAGGAUCGUAUUGUCUACAAACACUUUUAUAUAAACUACAAACAAAUAAAUUUAACCACGAUCCUCUCACCUACGAAAAGGAGGUUUUUUCACAAGUUAGGGUUCCUACUUACAAUAUUUGAGUGAAAUAUUAGAUUUGAAAGAAAUAAAUCAAUUUAUUACUUUA